GUGCUUUGCAUUCACUUUAUAGGAUCUUUAGAACGCAAAAUUUCCAAAGAGAUUUUAUACAAAUCGUAAGCAAAAUAGCAAAAUAAAGAGAGUAACUUUCAUUCCAAUGUGUUUGAGAUGAGUUUUUUACUUGAGCUGAUACAAGCUUUUAUACAGAAGAUGCUUGCACUUUUAUCGUUUGGCCAGAAGACAAUUACCAACUCCUUGAGUAUAUACAUAAAAACAAAUACUGGUCGCACCCUCUCUGUGAAUUUAGAACCGCAAUGGGACAUAAAGAAUGUGAAGGAAAUUGUAGCACCGCAAUUGGGCCUGCAGCCGGAAGAAGUAAAAAUCAUCUUCGCUGGGAAAGAACUCAGUGACGCAACAACCAUACAAGAAUGCGAUUUGGGCCAGCAAAGCAUUUUACAUGCAAUACGUACUCGGCCGCUACCAGCACGACAACGUUUGCAAUCAACGGUAAUGGAGGAGGAACCUCAGGACGCUACUGGUGGCACAGCUACGCCGACUGGCAGAGCGACGCCUUCGCUCUCAGAAGAGCCGUCGAAGCCAUUAUGUGAGACAUUGGUCGAUCUGCAGUUACUAAGCGAUGAGCGCAUCAACAUUAAUGAAGAAGAUCGACUACGCACAAAGGCCCAUUUUUAUGUACACUGCUCACAAUGCAACAAGCUUUGCAAAGGUAAGCUGCGUGUACGCUGCUCGCUCUGCAAAGGCGGUGCAUUUACGGUGCAUCGUGAUCCCGCAUGCUGGGAUGACGUGUUGAAACCACGACGUAUAACUGGCCAUUGUGAGAGCCAAGAAGUGGCUUGUUUCGAUAACGCUACAGGUGGUCCGCCAUACACUGAAUUCUAUUUCAAAUGCGGCGAACAUGUGUCGGGUGGGGAGAAAGAUUUUGCUGCGCCGCUGAAUUUAAUAAAAAUCAAUAUUAAAGAUGUGCCUUGCUUGGCAUGCACAGAUGUCAGUGAAACUGUGCUUGUCUUCCCCUGUGAAUCGAAACACGUUACCUGCAUUGACUGCUUUGAGCAAUAUUGUCGCUCGCGUUUGUCUGAGCGACAAUUCAUGCCACAUCCUGAUAUAGGCUAUACGUUGGCAUGCCCGGCGGGUUGUGAAAAUUCUUUCAUCGAGGAAAUACACCAUUUUAAGCUUUUGUCCAGCGAAGAAUAUGCGCGUUAUCAGCGUUUUGCAACCGAGGAAUAUGUGCUGCAAGCUGGUGGCGUUUUGUGUCCACAGCCUGGCUGUGGUAUGGGAUUAUUAGUCGAACCAGAUUGCAAAAAAGUCACCUGCCAAAAUGGUUGUGGUUAUGUCUUCUGUCGCAAUUGCCUACAAGGCUAUCACAUAGGUGACUGCUUGCCCGAAGGCACGAGCACUAAUGCGAGCGGCUCUUGUGAAUACGCUGUCGAUCCCAAUCGCGCUGCUGAGGCUCGUUGGGACGAAGCGAGUAAGGUGACAAUCAAAGUUAUGACAAAACCAUGCCCGAAAUGCCGCACACCGACUGAGCGUGAUGGCGGUUGCAUGCAUAUGGUGUGUACACGCGCUGGAUGUGCUUUCGAAUGGUGCUGGAUUUGUCAAACCGAGUGGACCAGAGACUGCAUGGGUGCGCAUUGGUUUGGCUGAAAGUGUGGGGAAAUGUUUAUACAAUUUAUUGCUGUUAUAUUUUGAUUACGAAAGCUCAUUUUUGUAAAGAUGUAUGUGUAUACUAUGUAAAGUUGACAUUGUUAAAGUUUAAAAUUGACAAAGUACGCGCUUAAGAACAAAUGCAAUAUAAAUCAGAGUGUUUAUCGA